GUGAAGGUGCGAGUGAUGUGCAUAGAGGGACCCCGCGAGUUGGUCUUCAAGUCUGCCAGUACCUGCGACUGUUUCCACUGUAAGAAAUACUAGACGAGAACACCACUAACAGGAAGGGAGGUGAAGGAAAAUGGAACGAAGAGGCAAUGGAUGACUUGAAAGGGGCGACGGAAGAUAGAGAGGAAAAAGUAGAAGCAGGUGAUGGUGGACAUGCAAAAAACUGAUGAAGAGGCUCAAGAAGAAAAGAGAGGAAGGCCAAAGGAGAGAGGAAGAAAGAAAAAGUUCAAAUACAGUAUUAAUCGAAAUAAGGGGGAGAAGAAGAAUUAAGCUUGAAAUAUAGAAAAAGAGGAUUAAAGAAGACAUCGAAAGGCAAGAUUUGCUCAUGAUGGAGAUGAAAAGAACCAGGAGACUGGAAUGAUAGACAGUGAAGGAACACAGUGAAAGAACGGAGAUGAAGAGAUACGGUAGACGAGUUAACACAGAGAAGAUACGGAAGACGACAAACUGAGAUACAUCAGAAACGUUAGCAAUAUACAGUAACAAAAUACUUUGAACUCUAAUUCACCAAAAGAGUAAAAAAAAAAUAAGUGCAAUAUAGUAAAAAUAUAAAAAAGGAAAAUGAUUAUUAAUUUAGCUGUUAAAAAUGCUAUAACAAUGUUUUAUUUAUUUUUUGAAAGCACAAUUUAGUCAUCCAAUUUUAGUCCAUUUUCAUGGGUAUUUAGUAUUUUAAUCUUAUGAUCUAUCAGCAAACAAUAACUUCCAGUAAUAUAAACUAUUUUAA